CAUUCCCUCUGCCUCCCCCAGAAGACAGCUUCCUUUUCUUGCAGCGCCUCGCAGGACCCCUGCUCCUCGGGAGAAGCUGUCGCUACAAAGAGCCAAAGAAACAACGAAGUUUCUCUAUCCAGAAGGAAUACGAGACUUGGCAUACCGCGGUUUUCUGAAGGCUGCCACCUCGUCGAUGACUUCUCCUCUCCGAGUUUUAUUCAAGGACGCGAGGCAUGCUUUUAGAUUGGAUGAGCUUGGGAUGGAGAUCAUGAGGAUCGCCUUCCCUGCGGCACUUGCGCUGAUGGCUGAUCCCGUUGCAUCUCUAAUCGAUACUGCCUUCAUUGGUCACAUUGGUCCAGUGGAGCUUGCAGCUGUAGGCGUGUCUAUUGCAGUGUUCAAUCAAGUAUCAAGAAUUGCUAUCUUUCCUAUUGUCAGUGUCACGACAUCCUUUGUUGCUGAGGAAGAUGCCACCAGCAAAAUAGCAAGUGGAGAUCCUGAAAGUGGAGAAUGCCAGGGGUCUUUUUCUGAGGAUAGUGAAAUGAAAGAAUUGAUGCCUUGCACUGAUCAUGAUGAACAUGAGUAUACCUCGCCUUUCUCAUCGAAGAAAUCUGCUACUAUGACUGAAGUUGAGAACCGCAAACGGAUCCCAUCAGCCUCUUCAGCGUUAUUAGUUGGUAGUGUACUUGGUGUUCUCGAAACACUAUUUCUGAAUUUUGGAGCAAAACCCAUUUUGAUCUUUAUGGGUGUGAAACAUGAUUCUCCUAUGUUGACACCAGCAUGUGAGUACUUAACAUUGCGAUCUCUUGGCGCCCCUGCUGUUCUAUUGUCUUUGGCUAUGCAAGGAGUUUUUCGUGGAAUCAGGGACACAGAAACUCCUCUUUAUGCCACUGUGGCUGGAGAUGCAGCCAAUAUAAUCUUGGAUCCAAUAUUCAUAUUCUUGUUUCGAUUAGGCGUUAGUGGUGCCGCGAUUGCUCAUGUUAUUUCUCAAUAUUUAAUUGCAUUAAUGCUUUUGUGGAAAUUACUGAGACAAGUCGAUGUCUUGCCUCCCAGUAUAAAAAAUCUGCAGUUUGGUCGGUUCCUAAGAGAUGGUCUUCUAUUGCUUGUACGGGUUAUCGCUGUGACGUUCUGUGUGACACUAGCAGCAUCGAUGGCUGCACGGCAGGGAUCAGUCCCUAUGGCUGCAUUCCAGAUAUGUUUGCAGAUUUGGUUGGCGACUUCUCUUCUUGCUGAUGGCCUGGCGGUUGCUGGACAGGCAAUACUUGCGAGUGCAUUUGCCAGAAGGGAUCAUUCUGGGGCAACAUCUGCUGCUUCACGUGUUCUUCAAUGGGGUAUGGUUCUGGGGCUGUUGCUGUGCUUCAUACUCGGAAUUGGCUUACAGUUUGCAUCGAAAUUGUUCACCAAGGAUGCCAAAGUGCUACAACUUGUUCACGUUGGAAUCCCGUUUGUGGCGCUUACUCAACCGAUGAAUGCCUUAGCCUUUGUAUUCGACGGCAUCAACUAUGGAGCAUCAGAUUUUGCAUACGCUGCGUAUUCCAUGGUCCUGGUGGCAAUAGUCAGCAUUGUAUUUUUGAUCAUCCUAUCCUCUAGUCAUGGUUUCGUCGGUAUCUGGAUAGCUCUAACGAUCUACAUGAGUUUGCGGAUGUUGGCAGGUUUCUGGAGGCAUGUUAGAGAAAUUUUCUCACACUUGAAAAUGAAAUCUUGCUUCAUUUCAAGGAAAUUUAGCAAAAAGGAGAAGUCAAGUGGCCACCUUCUUCAAUCUUGAAAAUGUGGAAGAAUAGGGACAGGUACAGGACCAUGGACCUUCCUUUGGAGUUGAUCAGGCUUUCAAUUCCUUUUUCUCUUGACAAAAGAGGGUGGAACACUGAUUCAACAAUUUAAGGUGCAAUGUUUUUGUUGAUCAAAGGGAAAUACUACUCAAACGGAGCUCUCAUUACUCAAGUAGCAAUUCCUUUUGUUUACCUUACAUUGCACAUGGACUGACGUUGUGCCCCCCAAAAAAUUGUAGCUCAGAUCAAGAUAGCUUACUCUUUUUUGUAUAAUUAAUGAGUUGUAUUAUAGAUCUUUAAUGUACCAAAUAAUGAGACCUGAAAUUCCAGCUAUUUCACUAUAUUGAUAGUUUGAGUUCAGAA